AUGCCCUCUCACACAAUCUCCCGGUGCACCGUGGCAGACAGUGCCGCUAUUGCCCACAACAACAUCCCCGCCUUCUGGCAGAACGACAACUGGCGUUUCUCGUGGAGCCACAGAACCCUCUCACAGCACCUUGCCGAAAUUGUCAAGCGCGCGCCACGUAACCUUAUCAAUAACCGCAGCAUCAUGCGGCACCAAAUGGCGAUUGACCCAGAGACGGGACGCAUCUUGGGGUACGCGCGAUGGAAACUGCCGGUCUCGCAUGCGACCACUGCGGACGGCUUGCCCGUGUGGCCAGAGGCCCUGGUCCCAGUGGUCUCCCCCGAGGAGGAGGCUGAGAUUCGACGAGUUGCGGAAAUGGCUGUCUGGGAUCCGAAUCCAGCGGCUGACGGGGUUGAAGACGUGGCGCCGAAAUGCCGAGCUUGGAUUGCGGUCUUGCUCACUAACUUACACGCAGACCUGGACUACUUGGCCGUUCAUCCAGAUAACCAAGGCAAGGGAAUCGUCACAGCCCUAGUCCAGAGUGGCAUGGACAGAGCGCGUGAGCUGGGUUUGGACAUAUUCGUUCUCGCAUUUGAAUGCGGACUGGGUGUUUACAAGCGCCUAGGAUUCCGUCUUGACAAGGACUUUACGUUGGAUGAUUCCAAGUAUGGCGGCCCCGGCGAGUAUCACUUUUAUUUCAUGACUUACGAAUCGUCGAAAUCGGACGUGUAA